CAGAACUCUUUUGUAAAAUAUUGCGUAAAUAUAAUUACGUAUUUCGGUCUAAAAAUAAACGCUUUGUGAUCAUUCUAAAGCAAGUAUGCAGUGAAGUAUGUCGAUUUAGCGUGCAGUGCUUCAAACAUCUGAACGCAUCAUCAACCAAAAGCUUUUAAGCACCAGAGUAAGAAUGAAUGACCUACAGCAUACAGCAUGAAUUCUGAAGGAGGUCAGUAACAGGAUUCUGCUCUUGUCGUCAAAUAUGGGUCGGUGGCUUGAUGAAUUUGGUACUUGACUUAAGCUCUAAGCAAAAUAUUGACCCAGAAGGUUUCCAUAAUUUGGCCAUUUGCCAUUUUAAACAAUCCCAUUUCAACACGCACAGCUCAUCAUCCACAACAUACAAUGUUUUCCGACCAAUCACACCCUACAAUGUAGUUAAAAUGCGUGCGUUUUUAAAGAUAAUUAGCCUAUAACGGAGGGUUUCCAUUUGUGCCACGGACGCUUCUGAUAUGUAAAUGAGUUUGGGGGGGAAGGAUCUCUCCCAUUUUAGUCGUGUCACCUCAUCCCACUCAUGCAUUUCUGCUGUUCCGCUGAUAGAAGCUCGACUCACUAUUUCACACCCGCACUUGACUCCAGAGAUCCGCCCUCGAUCGUCAAGGCCUUUUUGGGACGCUUUUCUGCAGGUCCAACACUCACCUGCGACCUUAAAUGGACCAGACUAAUGGAUUGGUUGGGUCAAGCACUGUAGCAUCCGAAGAGCAUCUGUGAUCUGGGUCCGUGCGCGCGCUGCCCAAUCCGACGGAUCUUCUCUUCGUUUAUAACUUAGCAGAACGCUUUUGGAGAGACUUGUCACGGUAUAUUGGUUUGGAAAAUGUCCCAAAAGAAUUCCAAGGCAGGAUUCUCUGUCCGUGAUAUUUUAGAGCUCUCGGACACGAACGAUGAAGGAUCAGUGACUGAAGACACUGAAGAUGAGGCGGAUGAAGGACUCUCUGGAAAUCAGCAGCGCGCGUCCUCCAGAGAUGCACUCUGGCUCGGAUCUCCAUGUGGCCACAAAUAUCCAACAGUGCCAUCAGCAUCUCCAGAGGACUUGAAUCCAGAACUGUCCGCGGAUGAGUCUGUUGAUCGGGACAGGGAGAGUUCGGAGGACUCGGGGAAAAAGCGCAAACGGAGAAUCCUGUUUUCAAAGACGCAAACGUUUGAAUUGGAGAGACGCUUCAGGCAACAGAGAUACCUAUCCGCCCCUGAGAGAGAACAUCUAGCUAAGGUCUUACAUUUGACCCCAACGCAAGUGAAGAUUUGGUUCCAGAACCAUCGGUACAAAGUGAAAAGAGCCCGGGCUGAGAAAGGAAUGGACCCAUAUCUGCUCUCUCCACGGCGGGUUUCUUUCCCGGUUCUGGUGAGAGACGGCAGACCGUGUCAUGUUCUCAGUCCUCAGGACGUCACUGCAGCGGCACCAUUUUCUGCUUUUAACAUCAAGCAAUUCCCGCAAAUUCAUCACAGUCAAAACAUCUGCCCCAGCUUCAUGAUGACACAUCUGACACCUGUCAGUCACCUGCAGCCGUGGUCCUGGUGAAGAGACGGAACUUUGAAAAUAUAAAGUUGUUUUCGUCACAUGUCGCCUCAUUAAUUUUAUUUCUGCAAUGUGGAAAUGUCUUUUUUUAUGAGUUUUGAUGUUCUAAUGUUUUCCUCCCGUUGGUUUGUUUAAUUUUCGUUGAAACUGAAAUACUUACACAAUGGGACAUCAUCAUCAUCAUCAUCAUCAUCAUCAUCAGUCGUGCUGUUUGUAGAUAUAUUUAUGUUGGCAAUUUUACAUUGAUGAGUACAUUUCAUUUAUAUUCAACAGUCAAAUGUUACUUUUCGUUACAUUUAGAAAGAGUACGAUAAGUAUAGGUUGGUUACUGACAAUUUGAUAACGUUUAAGAAAUUAAUUGGAAAUGUUUCUGUGGUUCUCUAUUUUAUUUUGUAUUAUGACUAACCUGUAAUAAACUUUUUGUCUUCUGAACACCGCGCUAAAGCGAUAUUAUUGAUUUUGUUGUGUUGUGACAAGAUUGAACGCUGAUAUAUAAUGCAGUAGUUAUAAAAAAUAUACAAAUAUAUAUGUAUGUAAAUAACCACGCCUGUCCUCACUAUUCUUUUGUGACUAA